AUGAGACCUCUCCGCCCCAUAGCCUCCGCGCUACGCCUUCAAGCACCACCCAGAUCACCGCGACCCGCAUCACAUUCGCCAUGCCUCCUCUGCGCUCACCGCACAUCUCCACCAACGCUAUCACGUCGCUAUCAAUCUACCGCGACCUCUACCGCGACCUCCACCGACCCAAACACCACCGCCUCACCGCAAUCCCCUCCCCAAACACACUUCGACUUUUUCCCCAAUACACUCCCCUCCGGCCCUCCGCCCGCCGGCCACUUCACCAUCGACACCACCACCCUCAAACGCGAGUUCCUGCAGCUCCAAGCGCGCGCGCAUCCAGAUUUGCACCCGCCUGAGAAUAAAACGAAAGCGCAGGCUCUUUCUGCACGUAUAAACGAGGCGUAUAAAACGCUGCAGAAUCCGUUGUUGCGCGCGCAGUACCUGCUUUCGCUGAGGGGGAUAGAGGUCGCGGAGGAUGAGACCGCCAAGGUAGAUGAUCCGGAGCUGCUGAUGGAGGUGCUCGAUGUAAGGGAGCGGAUCGAAGAGGCGGAGAGCGAGGAGGAUCUGCUGGAGAUGAAGGGGGAGAAUGAGCAGAGGAUAGCAGACAGUGUGAGGGUGUUGGAGGAGGCGUUCGCGAGGGAUGAUGUCCAGGCUGCGAAGGGCGAGGCAGUCAAGUUGAGGUAUUGGGUUAAUAUUAAGGAGAGCUUGGACGGUUGGGAGAGGGGGAAGCCUGUUGUUUUGGAGCACUAG